UGCCUAUGUUAUCUCCUUACAUAUACCUACGCUCUCCGUCUCUGUAAGAUUGGGAAUGAUACUGAUACUUUCUAUGGUUCUCACUCUGUUGUCAUCCUCCUCCUCUUCUUCUGUUGUUGUCCCACCAGGUCAGAGGUUCUGAAGACUGACCACCUCCCUCUACAGGCCGGCCCAGGAACUGCACCCGCAGCUAACAGCUAACUGCUAACAGCUAACAGCUAACCAGCGAAGUAGUGCUGUGGCUGGUGUUCAGGCUGUUGGAUGGCCACAGGAGUGAACUACUGGAGCUCUUAUGAACCCAGUUACAAGGUGAGUGAGUGUGUGUGGGGCGGCGAACGGGAGUCCAGCAGCGAGGAGGAAGGAGGCGGGGCCACAUGGGACACGCACGCCAUGGAGGUCAAAGGUCAACUCAUCUCAGCACCUGACCCUUUCACCUGUCCCGACAGGAAGCAGAGGGAGCGAAUGGCAGAGCUGCUGGAGAGGAGGCGGGGCCUGCAGGCGCUGCUCAGCGCACGAUUGGCUGAGCUGAGACGCAUCUGUCUGCAGGAGGCGGAGCUGACCGGUGCGGUGCCCAGUGACUUCCCCCUGGAGGCGGGAGAGAAACCCCCCUGCGUCCGAAGGAGAGCUGGGACAUCUCGCCAAGUAAACAGGAAGUGUCGAGCGGAGGAGGAAGACUCUCAGCGUUCAAAGCAGAAGAAAACUUUAUUCAGCGGAGCCCUGAGGAAACACUGCGACUCCGAACACAACACACACACACACACACACCACGGCAAGAGGACUGUACACAGAGGCUGCCACACAGACGACACAGUGAGGUCAGAGAGCAGCUCGACAUCAGACUCGACAGGACUCGAGAACGACGAUGGCGUGUCUCAGUGUCGCCCCCCGCUGGUCUCUACUGGUUCUCCUGUGGAGGUUUUCUACCAGAACAAAACCAGGAGGAACUCUCUGCACAACAG